AUUAAUUAAUGUUAUCAUUGUUGUUAUUUUAAUUAAUGUGUCUCAGCUGAUUCCUCGGCGCUGCCUGCACGUCGUGACGUCACUUCCUGCCUCCACCCGUUCGCAGCCAUGAUGCAGGAAGGGCUGGACGACGGACCCGACUUCCUCUCCGAGGAGGACCGGGGACCGCGGGCCGUGAACGUGGACUUGCAGACGGACGCCACGCUUCAGGUCGACAUCUCCGACGCUCUGAGCGAGCGAGACAAGGUGAAGUUCACCGUCCACACCAAGAGCACGCUCCCUAACUUUAAGCAGAACGAGUUCUCGGUGGUCCGACAGCACGAAGAGUUCAUCUGGCUGCAUGACUCGUUUGUGGAGAACGAAGACUACGCAGGAUACAUCAUCCCUCCCGCUCCGCCCAGGCCAGACUUCGAUGCGUCCAGAGAGAAGCUGCAGAAGCUCGGAGAGGGAGAGGGCUCCAUGACCAAGGAGGAGUUCACCAAGAUGAAGCAGGAGCUUGAGGCAGAGUACCUUGCCAUCUUCAAGAAGACCGUCGCCAUGCACGAGGUCUUUCUGUGUCGUGUGGCCGCUCAUCCUGUCCUCAGGAAGGACCUCAACUUUCACGUCUUCCUGGAGUACAACCAGGACCUGAGCGUUCGAGGAAAGAACAAGAAGGAGAAGCUGGAGGACUUCUUCAAGAAUGUGGUGAAGUCAGCCGACGGUGUCCUGGUGGCCGGAGUCAAGGACGUCGAUGAUUUCUUCGAGCACGAAAAGACAUUUCUGUUAGAAUACCACAACCGGGUCAAAGAUGCCUCGGCCAAAUCCGACAGAAUGAUUCGCUCGCACAAAAACGCUGCAGAUGACAUCAACAGAAUCGCCUCGUCUCUCUACACGUUAGGAACACAGGACUCAACGGACCUCUGCAAGUUCUUCCUGAAAGUGUCGGAGCUGUUUGAGAAAACGAGGAAGAUUGAAGCUCGAGUUGCAGCAGACGAAGACCUGAAGCUGGCCGACCUGCUAAAAUAUUAUCUGAGAGAGUCCCAGGCUGCAAAGGACCUGCUGUACCGGAGGAGCCGGGCUCUGGUGGACUAUGAGAACGCUAACAAGGCUCUGGAUAAAGCUCGAGCCAAAAACAGAGACGUUCUGCAGGCUGAGACCAGCCAGCAGCUCUGCUGCCACAAGUUUGAGAAGAUCUCAGAGUCUGCCAAGCAAGAGCUCAUCGACUUCAAGACAAGACGAGUGGCAGCUUUCAGAAAGAACCUGGUAGAGCUCGCCGAGCUGGAGCUCAAACACGCCAAGGGGAACCUCCAGCUGCUGCAGAGCUGUAUGGGUGUCCUCAAAGGCAAUGCCUAACUCUGUGACUCCACCCACAUCAAACUGGAUACGCCCCUCCAUCUUAGCCCCACCCACCUGACAGGUCACGCCCACUGCGGGGGCGGAGCCCGGCAGAUGGACAUACGACACUGAGAGAGAGAGUCUUCAUCCCUAACCGGACCAGUCCUGCAUCAGUACUAAAUCACCCAUGCUGCUUCUACUGGCCCCUUAGAACCAGCAGAACCAGUGAGGUCCAUUUGGAUCUGAGUGAGGUUCAUAUAAAGAUGUUCUGGACAGUCCUCUGUUGAUAACCUCUGGAUCAGCAAACACAAGAACUUCAAAAUAAAAUUUAAUCAGACCUGACCCGGUUCUGAUCAUCUGGAUUAGUAUUAGCACUGAGCUGAUUAAACUGCGUUCAGAUGAGUGUUAGCAAACACCAGGGCCAGUCCUCUCCAGUCCAAAAGGAGAUUCUAAUGCACCUUAACCAGUGUACCACAUGAUCCAGGUCUGAUCCAGAACCAGAACCAUAUGAAUGUCACUCAGGCGGACCUGGUCCCAGUCGGGACUCAAGUCUUUUUUGUUUUCUUUUUUUUUUUUUUUCCUUUUGGACCUGGUUCUGUUUGAAAUCAUCAAGGAAACAAAAAAAAGAGCGACUGAAGACUCAGAACCAGAACCAGACAACAGAGAGUCUUUACAGUCAGCUGGAUCGGUCCGGUCCAGCUGCUGAUGUCCAUCUGUCCGUCUUGUUUUAUUUUUGUUGCUCUUCAGCUGUUGUCGGCGUGUCACUCUGUCGUCUUCUUCUUCUGUUCUUUGUCCUCUUAUUUUGUGUGUGUGUGUGUGUGUGUGUGUGUGGGGGGGGGGUGUUUUAAUGUGUCGGUUACUUCCUGUUCUGCUGCUGUGUGACGGCGUUUUGAGUCCAGUUGUCGGUUCCGGUUCAUAAAGUGUCACUAAAUAAAAAAAAAAAAAAGCCUUGUACAUGUUUGUAUUAAUGAACGCUAAUCCUUCCUCCUCCUCCUCCGCCUCCUCUUCUUCUUCUUCUUCUUCUUCUUCUUCUUCUUCUUUCCUCCUACUCAUCACUAACUGUAUGGUGUUUUGUUUCCUGUCAUCAGCUGAUCGUGGAGCUUCAGUCUGUUGCUUUGAGGCGUUGCUCUGAGGCGUUGCUCUGAGGCGUUGCUCUGAGGCGUUGCUUUGAGGCGUUGCUUUGAGGCAUUGCUUUGAGGCGUUGCUUUGAGGCAUUGCUUUGAGGCGUUGCCAUGUGUUGCUGUGUGACGGUGCUCCAGGGUGUCGCUGCAUGGCUCCCUCUGAUUGGUUGUUUCUGUACUGGAAUGUUUUUUCACUCUUUUGUGACCAAAGUUUUUUUUCUGAUUCACGAUGAAGACGAGAAAUAAACGAUGAUGAAGAACGUCACAACAUUUUAGUUGUUUAAACUUCAGCAGGUCUGUAACGUCAAUAAAACUUUACGGACACUUUCUUAA